CACUCUCGCGAGGCCGGGCAGAGCGGAGCCGGGAGGCCCUGUGCAGUGUGGAGGUCGUUGGUGUCACCCGCCUGCCGCCAGCUCCUUCCCCUGCCGGUCCGCUCCCACCAUGUUCUCCGCCCUCGCCCGCCCUGCCGGCGCCGCUCUCCGCCGCAGCUUCAGCACCUCGGCCCAGAACAAUGCUAAAGUAGCCGUGCUGGGGGCUUCCGGUGGGAUCGGGCAGCCCCUUGCGCUUCUCCUCAAGAACAGUCCCUUGGUGAGCCGCCUGACCCUCUACGAUAUUGCUCAUACGCCCGGAGUGGCCGCAGAUCUGAGCCACAUCGAGACCAGAGCCACCGUGAAAGGCUACCUUGGACCUGAGCAGCUGCCGGAUUGCCUGAAAGGCUGCGACGUGGUGGUUAUCCCAGCAGGAGUCCCGAGAAAACCAGGCAUGACCCGGGAUGACCUGUUCAACACCAACGCCUCCAUUGUGGCCACCCUGACGGCUGCCUGUGCCCAGCACUGCCCCGAGGCCAUGAUCUGCGUCAUUUCCAAUCCGGUUAACUCCACCAUCCCAAUUGCAACGGAAGUUUUCAAGAAACACGGAGCAUACAACCCCAAUAAAAUCUUCGGGGUGACGACCCUGGACAUUGUCAGAGCCAACACUUUCAUUGCAGAACUGAAGGGUUUGGAUCCCGCUCGAGUCAAUGUUCCUGUCAUUGGCGGCCAUGCCGGGAAGACCAUCAUCCCCCUGAUCUCGCAGUGCACUCCCAAGGUGGACCUUCCCCAGGACCAGCUGACAGCCGUCACUGGGCGAAUCCAGGAGGCCGGCACGGAGGUGGUGAAGGCCAAAGCUGGAGCAGGCUCGGCCACUUUGUCCAUGGCCUACGCUGGCGCCCGGUUUGUCUUCUCCCUUGUGGAUGCGAUGAAUGGAAAGGAAGGCGUCGUCGAGUGUUCCUUCGUGAAGUCCCAAGAAGCAGACUGUGCCUAUUUCUCCACCCCAUUACUGCUGGGGAAAAAGGGCAUUGAGAAGAAUCUGGGCAUCGGCAAGAUCUCCCCUUUCGAAGAGAAGAUGAUAGCGGAAGCCAUUCCUGAGCUCAAGGCCUCCAUCAAGAAGGGAGAGGAGUUCGUGAAGAACAUGAAAUGAGAGGGCAGCCAGCGAGCGGUCCAUUUCCCUAACUUAUGAAGGCAUCAUGUCCCUAUAAAGCCAUCUCCCGCCCCUUGUGUUUGAGUUGGUUAACCACGAGUGUCAUGUUAGCGUCGCCGUCCCUUCCAAAUCGUGAGUCCAUCUGCGGGCGCAGCAAUAAAAGCAGGCUUUGAUUUUCUUUUUCA